AACUAUGUAAAAAAAAAACAAUCUUUUAUGGACUUUUUAACAGAACCAAAUUCUGUAAGAUUCAAGCUGGAUUUUAUCUGUGUUUUCAAAAAGUCCCACCGUUUGACCUGCUACACUGGGACUAAACAAGAACACAUAGAAGUGUUUCGAAUCAGUCAGCAAGUUGUAGAACUCCAUUGAGCGAGACUUAUAUUAUCUGGACUGUAUAUGUGUACCUCUGCGUGCAACUCCGUAUACAGCCAUGGGGAACGCAGCUGGAAGUCUGGAGAUGUCACCCGGACGGGACGUCAAACGGCCCCUCAGCACAUAUGGGCAGAAACAGCCACCGGCCCCUAAACUGCCCCUACCACCAGAGGAGGAAUUAGAGCAGAGGUUCAACAUUGUGUUGAAUUCCAUGAAUCUUCCACCUGAUAAAGUGAAGCUGCUCUGUCAGUAUGACAAUGAGAAGAAAUGGGAGUUAGUUUGUGACCAGGAGCGGUUUCAGGUGAAGAAUCCUCCAUCAGCGUACAUUCAGAAACUUAAGAGUUUAUUAGAGCAGGGAGGAGGCAGAAAGUUUAAGAGGAGAGUCCAAGAAUCCACACAAGUUCUGAGAGAGCUGGAAAUCUCUUUGCGCACCAAUCACAUCGGGUGGGCUGAGGAGUUUCUAAAUGAAGAAAACAAAGGUUUAGAUAUGCUAGUGGACUACCUCUCUUUUUCUCAACGAGGAGUCACAUAUGACAUGGACAGCUCUGAAAAUGGAAGCUUUGAUGAGAAAUCUGUGGAAGAUUUGACCACCAGUGCGACAAACUCCCCUACCCACAAUUCCCCACGCUCAGGACGCCCCUUCACCACAAGGAAAGCUCUGCGAUACUCGUCUCUGCUCAGCCAGAAGAACCACCUGCACCUCUGCAUUAUGUGCCUCCGUGCCAUAAUGAACUACCAGUUAGGGUUUAAUCAGGUGAUGGCUCAUCCCAGCUGUGUCAAUGAAAUCACCCUGAGUCUCAACAACAAGAGUGCCAGGACUAAAGCUCUGGUUCUGGAGCUCCUUGCUGCAGUGUGUUUGGUUCGAGGAGGUCAUGAAAUGAUUAUUGCAGCCUUUAAUAAUUUCAAAGAGGUGUGUGGAGAGAAAAACAGAUUCGAGAAACUCAUGGAAUAUUUCAGAAAUGAAGACAACAACAUUGAUUUCAUGGUGGCUUGUAUGCAGUUUAUCAACAUUGCAGUGCACUCAGUGGAGAACAUGAACUUCAGAGUAUAUUUACAGUAUGAGUUUACACAACUGGGACUAGACAGCUACCUGGAGAAGUUAAAUGACACUGAGAGUGAGAGGCUGCAGGUGCAGAUUCAAGCGUAUCUGGAUAAUGUGUUUGAUGUUGGAGCGAUGUUAGAGGACGCCGAGGCCAAAAAUACAAUAAUAGAACAUCUAGAGGAGCUGCAAGAACAAAACACACUGUUAAGCACUAGACUGCAGCAGUGUGAGAGUGAAGCUGUGGCGAAGACGUCUGCACUUGAGAAACAGCUCAUACAGAGUAGGAAAGAGGUGGAACUUCUGAAGGACGGUGUGAAGGAGGCACAGGCUCAGCUCUCUCAGCUGCAGCAGAAGGAGAACGAGAGAGACACACACAGUGAGAAGGAGCAGGAGCGAGAGAGAGAGAGACAGCGCUCUGCUAAAGCUCUGACCGAGCUGGAGAAGAUGGUCCAGGUUCUGGUGGAUCGAGGUCUGAUCCGCAUGGAGAGAUCCGAAUCCGGCUCUCUGGAUUUACACAUUAUACCAGCCGCUGACACAACAGCUGCCGUCACUCACCUCCCUGUUUUGCUCUGUAUGAAGGAGUUGAAUAUGGACGUCUUUGAGGAGUUGUUCAAAACUAAAGCUGAGUCUGCUCCUGUUGAUGUCGGCACUCUGAAGUUGAAAGUGGCUCAUAAAGCAUCCAGUAAAAUCGCACUACUGGAGCCCAACAGGGCCAAAAACCUCGCCAUCACCCUGCGCAAGGGAGGCAUGAGCACCGCACAGAUCUGCACUGCGAUCCAAACGUAUAAUCUUGAUAUGCUAAAGUCAGAUUUUCUGGAGCUGCUGGAGCGCUUCAUCCCAUCUGAUUAUGAGCUGAAGUUGAUUGAGAAUUACGAGCGUGAAGGACGUCCCCUGCUGGAGCUGUCGGAGGAGGACCGAUUCAUGGUGGCCUUCAGCAAAACCCCGCGUCUGGCACAGAGAAUCAGCACGCUGACCUUCAUGGGCAACUUCAGCGAGAGCAUCCUGCUAUUAAAGCCUCAAUUAAAUGCCAUCAUCACUGCGUCCAUGUCAAUCAAAUCCUCCAGCAAACUCAAGAAGAUUCUAGAGAUCAUUCUUGCGUUUGGGAAUUACAUGAACAGUGGGAAGAGAGGAUCAGCAUAUGGAUUUCGACUCCAAAGUCUGGACCUGCUUCUGGACAUGAAAUCCACAGAUCGAAAACUGACACUCCUGCAUUUCAUCGUCAGCAUCAUACAAGAAAAAUAUCCUCAACUGCACAACUUUCACACUGAACUACACUGUCUGGAUAAAGCUGCACUGGUCUCUCUGGACAGCAUCCUUGCAGAUGUUCGAUCUCUGGAGAAGGGAAUGGCGGUGGUGCGUAAGGAGUUUCUCCAGCAGAAGGACAGCGCUGUCCUCACAAACUUCAUGUCUAAUAACAGCAGUCUGCUGGACUCUGUGGUCAAAGACAGCAAAACUGCAGAGGAGGUCUAUCACUCAGUGGUGGAGUAUUUCGGAGAGGAUCCCAAAUCCACACCUCCUUCUGUGUUCUUCCCUGUUUUUGCCAGGUUUAUCAAAGCAUAUAAGCUGGCCGAGCAGGAGAACAAACAGCACAAGAAGAAAAUCUCAGAGACCGAUUUCAGCACAGAUUUACCCAUCUCUGACCCUCCCAUGAGCACAGCAAUGCCGGCGCUGCCACGCUUCCCUCGGCUGGAUCUGAUCGCAGAGCUGAAGCGCAGGCAGAUGACGCCGCUCGUGAGAGAGGGCAAAGACGGAGCCAUCGAGGACAUCAUCACAGCUCUGCAGGCGGUACCGUUUACGGCCCGUUCUGGGAAGCGCUCGUCUCGUCUGUUCUGUGAUUCAGAUUUGAGGAAGCAGCCGUACAUCAGAGCAGACGGAGGAAGACGAAGCGCCAAAUGGAAACCAGCUCAGCAGCUUCCCGUGUCGUCUGACAUCUCUCUGUGAAACACACACAGCUCAAAGCAUCCCACGACGAAGCCACACCACACAUGAAGCCAAAAACUGUUUACAAACAUUUAAACAGCUACAUUAAGCUAUUUGUAUAUCUAAAUGAUAAAAGUUCAACUAUUUAUGUACAAUAUAACAAACAACUUGGUGAAUCUCAAGAAACCUGUCAAAAACGUGCUUGUAUAUUUUAUAUAUAUCGCCCCAAAAUUGCAAGAAUAAAAUUAAGAAAUGUGAAGAAUUUAAAUGUGCUUUCAAAAUUUGCCCCAAAAUUAAAAGGAAAAAAAAAGAAAUGUGAAACAUUUGA